AGGCGACCGAGUACGGUGAGGAGGACUUCCCUCCUCCCCGUGCGAGUAACGACAGAGCCACUCAGGCACAUUCCGGCGGAAAGCACCGUCACACAGCGGUCGCACAGACCCGAACGGAGUCACCUUACACGGGCGAGGAGUCAAAGUUGCUCCCGCUCAGUUUUUUUUUAAACGUCGCUGCGAAAGUGUGAUGUUAUUUUUUUCGCUAUCUUCUUUCGAGAAGAAUCCUAGGAGGAUAUAUAUGUACACGCUGUAAGCUCGCUAGCCUCAUCCUGUCCCCCGCCUGCAUUGGCGCACCAUGGUGAUCAUGUCAGACAACAUCCGGGUGCCCCAGCCCAGCCCAGGGGCCCAGGGAAGGCCCCUGCAGGUGGGCUUCUACGAGAUCAUCCGCACGCUGGGCAAAGGCAAUUUUGCUGUGGUGAAACUGGCAAAGCAUAAAGUCACCAAAACCCAGGUGGCCAUCAAGAUUAUUGACAAGACCCGACUGAACCCGUCCAAUUUGGAGAAAAUCUACAGGGAAGUGCAGAUUAUGAAGUUGCUCAACCACCCGCACAUCAUCAAACUCUAUCAGGUGAUGGAGACCAAAGACAUGCUGUACAUCGUGACAGAAUACGCAAAAAACGGGGAGAUGUUUGAUCACCUGACCUCAAACGGCCGCAUGAGCGAAACGGAAGCGCGGAAGAAAUUUUGGCAGAUUCUUACAGCCGUCGACUACUGCCACCGGCACCACAUUGUCCACCGUGACCUCAAAACCGAGAACCUGCUCCUGGAUGCCAACAUGAACAUCAAACUGGCCGACUUUGGAUUCGGUAACUUUUACAACGCAGGGGAGUCCCUGUCUACAUGGUGCGGCAGCCCGCCAUACGCGGCCCCUGAAGUCUUUGAGGGCAAAGAGUAUGAAGGACCUCAACUGGACAUUUGGAGCCUCGGUGUGGUGCUCUAUGUGCUGGUGUGUGGCUCCCUUCCCUUCGAUGGUCCCAGCCUUCCUGCACUCAAGCAAAGAGUCACUGAGGGGCGCUUCAGAAUCCCCUUCUUCAUGUCCCAAGACUGCGAAAACCUCAUCCGCAAGAUGCUGGUAGUGGACCCGGCUAAACGGAUCAGCGUGGCCCAGAUCAAGCAGCACCGUUGGAUGCUGGCGGACCCCACGGCAGCCCACCAAACCCUGAGCCACACACUGACAGAUUACAACUCCAACCUCGGGGACUAUAGUGAACCUGUGCUGGGGAUCAUGAACACCCUGGGGAUCGACCGCCAAAGGACCAUCGAAUCUUUGCAGAGCAGCAGCUACAAUCACUUCUCGGCCAUCUACUACCUGCUUCUGGAGAGGGUCAAAGAGCAUCGCAACCAGCAGCUGAGCCGUCAAUGCGGAAGCUGGAACCAACGGCAGAGGAGCAUCUCCGACACCACAGGAGCAGAGCAAAUCAUCAUGAAGGCAAACAACUUCAGAACGGCGGCUUUCCCCAUUCCAAGCAAAAAUGUUCCACCCAUCUACUCUGAGAUGGAGUGCGACCAAGGUGCAUUGUUCCAGCGCGUGGUCUUCCCGGUGGAGGCCAGCUUCAACAGGCUGCUGUGGAACCGCUCCAUUUCGCCCAACAGCCUGCUGGAGACGAGCAUCAGCGAGGAGGUGCGGCCCCGCGACCUGGAGGAGGAGGAGGCGGCGCAAAGCUUGGGUCCGCUGCUGCCCCCCACCACCACCUCACGUCGGCACACCCUGGCCGAGGUGUCCGCGCGGUUUCACCAGUGCAACCCUCCGUGUAUUGUCGUCAGUCCCUCUGAUGGCGCCUCUUCUGACAGCUGCCUCAAGUCGUCCUCUACUCCCACCGCCACUCUGCAGACUCCAACGGGUGGCGACGUGUCAACACCUCCGGCCUGCGGUGCUAAAGAGGGGGGCCUCCUGCCCGCCGGCACCCCCCUGGCCCUCUCCUCCCACCUCCUGCCCCAGAUCCAGGGGAGCCUUCCUGCGGCCAGUUUCCAGGAGGGUCGCAGAGCCUCCGACACAUCCCUCACACAAGGCCUCAAAGCUUUCCGGCAGCAGCUGAGAAAAAACACUCGCACCAAAGGGCUCCUGGGAUUGAACAAGAUCAAGGGUCUAACGAGGCCGGUGGCGUCGCCCCCGUCCUCCAACCGAGGCAGCCGUGGCUCUCUGGGCCCCGCCCUCUCCGAGCACCGCAGCAUGCUGGAGGAGGUGCUGCACCAGCAACGGAUGCUCCAAAUCCAGCACCAGCCACACCAAGCUCAGGUCCAGAAUGCUCUGCCAGGACCCGGCCAGAAUGCUCUGCUGUUUCUGUCCCAGCAGCAGCCGCCCUCUACUCCGCCUACUUCAGUAUUCGCCCCUUCUACUUUAUUCGAGGCGCCCUGCCUCCUUCACAACAAGCCUCAGCACCCCAUGCCGCCCCUUCAGCCGAUGGGCCUGCCUCACGGUCUCUGGCAGCACGGCCUGGAGACCGUCUCCACCUCUUUAUCUCCCGUGGCCUCAGCCGCUUACCUCCUAGAGGCCCGUCUGCACAUCAGCCCGCACGCCCAACACCACCACCACCACCAUUACCCAGCAAUGCAGCAACAGCCAGGCGCCACGCACUUCGCCGGCAAACCCGCCGCCUGGGCCAUGGUCUCGCCAUCUGGAGCCGAGCCCGACAUGCAGGAGCUGGUUCUGACCGGUCAGACGCCGCUGAGCAGCUGCGUGAUGGUCAAGUAGAAAGAGUCGACGCAAAAAAAACAACAACAAAAAAAACUGACGCAAGCUUCCUGCUGCAUGCGCUUUUGUUAUGACAUAAGCUAAAUGAGCAAUAACCAAACUGUGCACAAGGUGAUACGAGAAGCAAUAACAGGCCGUUUUCAAAGAAAACGAAAACAGGAAGACAACGAUCAGACACAUGACUGGAGCGAGGACCAAAGCAUUUCACUUCCUUAUGAUGCGCUUCCCACUUUUUUUUCCCCUCUCCAGACACACACUUCAAUCAACGUACAACAAUUACUAUGUUGGGUGAAAGAGAUUUUUCUUUUUUGAUAUAUUGAAGCAGUGCUAAUGCUUUUUUUGUUUUUUGUUUUAUCCUCAUCAGCCUACAGUGAAGGAAAAUUGUCUUUUUUGAGUGAGAAAAGCACAACUAUGUACCUUGCAUCCAGUUUUUUUCGUCCCUUCAGCCUCAACAAUAGCACCAUGUGGACUAAAGUCUCCCAUCUAAUGGGACACCCCUUCAGUUCUUCUCUGAAUCUUAAAAAAAGAAUUCUGGGAGCAUUUUGGGGGAGGCCCCUUUUCUGUUCACCCGAUGCACAAAGCAAGGUUCGUUGGUAUGGAAAACCCCAAUCUGUCACACACCAGCUCCUAUUGUUUUGUUUGUUUCAUUUAGCACAUAGGAAAAGUUAGCAAUACUAAUACGCCAUUGAGGCGAUAUGGAAGAAGACCAACAUAGGAGACUAUUAUGCUCAAUACUCCACUUGAGAUGGAAGCAGGAGUUUAGAACAUUCAGAAAGAUUCUGACAUCUCAUCAAGGAAAUUUCAGGCCAUCCCCAAAUGGCGGGAACAGUGCAAUAGCUUCAUGGGCACAUUUACAGGUACUAGCUAUGUAACCGAGUUACAACUAAAGUUGUUUGUUUUUUUUAGCUACCAAAGAGCCUGGCUAGAAUCAGUGCUAGACACACUACUGAGUUGUCCACAUGUAGCAUGUUGCUCAGCCAAAAUGAAGUAAGCUGGGGUCGCCACCAAAUCCUAAUGCUGCUUGUUGUAAUAGCUUCUCCAGGUACGUUCACAGUCUAGCAAUCUACUGUAUACUGUACCCGGCAACAAUGUUUAGAAGCAAGUGAAUCAUACUGUGUUGAAAAAAAAAUAAUGAAUACGUUUUUAUUUCUACUUUCUUGUUGGAAAAAAAACAUUGUAGUGUUAAUGCCGCGGGUUGUUUUGCACUCACUACCAACACGUGUGCCUUUUUACAUGAACAAACGUGCAAUGUUUGAGCUCUUUGACCUUGCUGUGUAAGCAAAAGCAGCAUUGCACAUAUUUCCUAUUGCUGAAAUCGGUCGAAGUUGCAUUUGUUGUGCAAAAAAGGAACGGUCUCGAGCGAGCGAAACACUACGACACUUGAUGCAACAUGACCCUUUUUGAUAACAAUUUUGGAGAAUAAGAAGUAUUUCAUGUCGAUUUUUUUCCUGAUUUGUUACUUGACCGACCGUGUGUGUGUUUGAGUGUAUGAGAAUGAGGAAAGAUGUCUUUAUUUAUGUGCUAUUUAUUUAAAUAAAGUUCACUUCCUAAAUGA